GUACAAAGCAAAAGUAAGGAAAGGAACAAAGAUCAGAAGCUGCCUGAGUGAGAAAGAGAGGGACGCAUCAAAUACUGAGUUUUACAAUGUCAUCUGCGGAAUAUUUCACCUACAAAGGAAUUCUGUUCCCACAACUUGAAUAUUCAUGGGAAACUAUUAAUCAAGUGGAAAACGAGUUCCAAAUCCUGGAUGAUGAUAUAAUUAAUGUCACUUACCCCAAAUCAGGCACCGUUUGGAUGGCAGAGAUCUUGGCCUUGAUCUUAAAGAAAGGGGACCCCACAUGGACGCACAAUUCAGUAGUGUGGGAUCGGUCUCCUUGGUUAGAGACUGAUGAUGGCCUGCAGGUGGCCUUGAAAUAUCCUCCACCCCGGCUCAUGAAUUCUCACGUUCCAUUCCAGUUUUUCCCAAAGAACUUCCUGCAAACCAAAGCCAAGGUUAUCUACGUCAUGCGUAAUCCCAAGGACGUGCUGGUCUCAUUUUACUAUUUCUCCUCGUUCAUUAAAUCACUUAAGACUCCAGGCAGCCUGCAAGAGUUCUUGGAGAAGUUCCUCAGUGGGAAUGUAGUGUAUGGUUCCUGGUUUGACCAUGUGAAGAGCUGGAUGGGGCUGAAAGGAAAACCCAACUUUUUCUACAUCACUUAUGAAGAACUGCAGCAGGACUUGCGAGGCAGUGUGGAGAAGAUCUGCCAGUUCCUUGGGAAGGAGCUCAGUAGCCAGCAAAUGGACUCUGUGGUGGAACACGCCUCUUUCCAGAAGAUGAAGGAGAACAAGAUGUCCAAUUUCUCUGUGUUGCCAGAUGAGGUUGUGGACCACAAGAAAGGGAGGUUUAUGAGGAAAGAGCAGGCACCAGACGACAGCAAGAUCAGUUCAUCUCAGGUACCUGGUCUCGGUCCAGCGUUCCCGACUGAGGCACCUGCUAGCGGGGGUGGUUUACCAAUUUGGGGCAUCUGGUUUGAGGUCCCCUCCAGUUCUUUCAACCAGAAAUCGAAAUCCUGGCGGGCCUGA